AUGAAAGUUAUUCAAGUCCAACACAGCCAGAAGUUCCAAAUAUUUUUAGAGGAAAAGCGAUUCAUCGAUACCGUUCUUCAUUUUCUUGAUACGAGAAUUGAAGCACAUUCUUUAAUUUUAGCGCAGAAUUGUACAUGGUUUAAAGAAAGGUUUACUUGUUCUGAACCUAUUGAAAAAGAUUCCUCUUCUAUUUAUCAUAUUACUUUACCAAUUAAUCCAGAAAAUUCAGUUCAACACUUAAUCAAGACAAUUUAUUCUCAAAAAAUCGUGGUUAGCAUUAAGGAUGCAAUACCCCUAUUAAAAUCUGCUGAGUUCUACGGGUGUCAAUAUAUUGUAGAAAAAACUUCCGAAUUUAUUGAAAAAUCUCUUACUGAAGACAAUGUUUUGUUUAUUGUUCAAACGUUAUCAAAGUAUAAUUUAUACAAGUUGGCAUCGAAAAUUUGCAGUAG